UUGUGACUAAUCGUUCUCGCUGCAGAUAGUUUGGAAAUGAUUCCCUGUCACCUCCCACAUUGAUGUGCAGCAACACUUUUCUCUAAUGCCAUAGCUGAUGUAUUCUCCCCUUGACGUUGUGUUAACGCAAACGUGGAUGCAGCCUUUAUUGUGAAAAGCGUGACCGAAAGUGACCGUUUCCGGUACCGCAGGCUGUCUUGACGCGGUUCUGCUGGAGUCUGUCUCGGUCCGGUCCGGUCCGGUCCGUGGACGAGACGACCGUCUCAACCCUGCUGCCCCCCCGGACGGAACAUGAGGCUCAGCCCGGACCCGGACCCGCGUCCAGCCCCGCUGCGUGUUCCGCUCCGCACAGACGUGAUGACGGCGGCGCAGGUCCCUGCCUGAACGGAGGUCCAGGUUCUGGUUGGGUUCUGGUUGGGUUCUGAGUGGGCUCGGCUCGGCCCGGCGGCACCAUGUCGGCGGACGGAGGCGACACGAUCCGGAGCCGCAUCAAGAACCUGCUGCGGUCUCCGUCCAUCAAGCUGAGACGCGGCGGCGCCGCCCGGGGCAAACACGACCUGAGCGGGAAGGUGACGCUGGAGAAGGUUCUUGGGAUCACAGCUCCUGGGAACCGAGCGCUGGCCUGCGACCCUCGAAGCGGCCUGCUGGCCUACCCUGCAGGGUGUGUCGUCGUCCUGCUGAAUCCUCGGAAGAACAAGCAGAAUCACAUCUUCAACACUACCAGGAAGGCGAUCACCACAUUGGCAUUUUCUCCAGAUGGGAAGUAUGUUGUUACAGGAGAGAGUGGUCAUAUGCCGGCAGUUCGGGUCUGGGAGGUGUCGGAUCGUGUUCAGGUGGCAGAACUGCAGGAACAUAAAUACGGAAUUGCCUGUGUAGCGUUUUCUCCCAACGGAAAAUACAUCGUCAGUGUGGGCUACCAACACGACAUGAUGGUGAAUGUAUGGAACUGGAAGAAAAACAUCGUGGUUGCAGCCAACAAGGUCUCCAGUAAGGUGACGGCCGUGUCCUUCUCAGACGACAGCUCUUACUUCGUCACAGCUGGCAACCGCCACGUGAAGUUCUGGUACCUGGACCACACCAAGACCUCCAAGGUGAACGCCACCGUCCCCCUACUGGGCCGUUCAGGGCUGCUUGGAGAACUCAGGAACAACUUUUUUACCGAUGUGGCGUGUGGGCGGGGCCGGCAGUCCUCCUCCACCUUCUGCAUCACCUCCUCCGGUCUGCUGUGUGAGUUCAAUGACCGCAGACUUCUGGACAAGUGGGUGGAGCUACGGAGAUUCGAUUGUGCCUCUUCGUCCCAGGCCACCUGUCUGUCCGUCACGGAGGAGUUCAUCUUCUGCGGUUGUUCUGAUGGGACGGUUCGAGCCUUCAGCCCCGGUAACCUGCAUUUCCUGUGUACUCUGCCCCGCCCCCACUGCCUGGGAACUGAUGUUUCCAGCAUGGUCGACGCCAGUCAACUUUUCUCCUGUAGGCCAGAGUCUCGUUACCCAGACACGGUGGCAGUGACCUACGAUUCGACCAAUCACUGGCUGUCAUGCGUGUACAAUGAUCACAGCGUUUAUGUGUGGGACGUCAGAGACCUCCGGCGAGCGGGGAAGCUCUACUCAGCCCUCCACCACUCCUCCUGUGUGUGGAGCGUUGAGGUGUACACAGACAUGGUGGGAGGAAAUGAGGUUCACUUACCCCCCGGAUCCUUUCUGUCCUGUUCCUCUGACAACACUAUCCGACUGUGGAGCACCGACGGAAACAACGUCCUCCUCAAGAACAUCCUGAGCCAUGACCUGCAGAAGGUUAUUUACGUGGACAAUAGCAUCACCGGCCUCCUGGACCCGGACAACAUCACCGUCGCCACUGGUAACACGGAGAAGGCAGGGCCGUCAGGGCUGGAGGGGCAGCAGUCGGAGCAGAUCAAGCUGGGCAUCAGGUCCCUGAGGGUCAGUCCAGAUGGACAGCACCUGGCUUCUGGGGACCGCAUGGGAGUCCUCAGGAUCCAUGAUCUGGAGAGCAUGACGGAGAUCUUGAAUGUUCAGGCUCACGAUUCCGAGAUCCUCUGUCUGGAGUUCUCCAAACCAGAUACAGGGUUCCAGUUGUUAGCCACGGCCAGCCGGGACCGGCUGAUUCAUGUCCUGGAUGCGGGCCAAGACUACAGUCUGGUCCAGACUCUGGACGAGCACUCAUCCUCCAUCACAGCCAUCAGAUUUGCCGCCAAUGAGGGGAAAGUACGGCUGAUCAGCUGUGGAGCUGACAAGAGUGUCUACUUCCGAACGGCUCAACAGACGGGGGACGGUCUGGAGUUCACUCGGACGCACCACGCUGUCAGGAAGUCCACAUUGUAUGACAUGGAUGUGGAACCAACCAGGAAGUACGCGGCGGUGGGCUGUCAGGACCGAAACAUCAGGAUCUUCAACAUCAGCAAUGGCAAACAGAAGAAAGUAUAUAAAGGCUCCCAGGGAGAGGACGGCACCGUCAUCAAGGUGCAGAUUGACCCAUCAGGACUCUACAUCGCCACCUCCUGCUCAGACAAGAACAUCAGCAUAUUUGACUUCUUUUCUGGAGAAUGUGUGGCCACCAUGUUUGGACACUCAGAGAUCGUAACGGGUCUGAAGUUCAGCAGCGACUGCAGACAUCUUAUCACCGUGUCUGGAGACAGCUGCAUAUUUGUGUGGCGUCUGAGUCCAGAGCUGACCAUCAGGAUGAGGCAGCGUCUCGCUGACCUCCAACCCCCCGGCAGCCGUCCAAACUCCCAAAAUGCUCGACAGCAGAAAGCUAUGAAGCUCAGCAAGGACAUGCCAAGGCCCUGUGUCGUCACUCUGUCAUCCGACAGUGACGUAGAGGAGGAGGAGGAACGAGGGGAGGCGGAGCCUGCCUGCCCUUCUACGGUCCGUACUGCAAGUCUAAAGGAGGAGAAGCCAGAAGUGCGUGAAAGGACGUCCAGCCGAGGUGUGAUGAAGCAGGGUGCUCAACUCCCUCGACGGCGCUGGUCCAGGAGGAAGACCAGCACCAACGACGGCCUGACGGUGAAAUCCAUGCUGGAUCUCAGACUGCUGGACUCGUACAGUAAGGAGGAGCAGGAGGUGGAGUCACUCCUUCACACCGAGGACCACUUCAGUCUGAGGAGGAGGAGUCAUCGGGUGGAGCCUGGGCUUCAAAGAGCCAAUGAGGCCAUGCAGAGUACAUCCAGCCUGCAAGUUACUUCUGCAUGGAUGGAGGACGACUCAAAGACCAGUCAGCGGCCAGACUUCAUCCUGCUGUCCGGUCAGAGCCCGGGCAGACCGGAGCCGGUGCUGUUUCCUGAUAACUGGGAGGACAGAGUGAGCCUGGCGGGCAGUGAGUUCCAGGUGAAGGAGGUGUGUCCUGCUGGUGCAGCUGGACGACAGGACAAACCCAGUCCAGACAGCGGCUGCUCUCUGGGCUUUACCUCCGUACUGUCCAGUCCAGAGAGACCAGCAGGAGAUGACACUGAACCUCUGAGUGUGGAGGGAAACUUCUCUGAGCUGGAAAUGGAGGAGGAGGAAGUGGAGGGAGGACAAGGUGAAGUGGCAGGACCUCAGCCCGUCCCUCCGACCCCCGACCAGGAGGCUUUUCUCAAGGAGCACUUUGUGACCCUGGCCGACCCGUCUGCUUCAGGAAGUCCAAGUAGAGCUUCUCACAGCUCAAGUGAGAGUCUCAGCAUCUCCUCAAAGUUUCUCCAGAGCUCUUCUUCAAGCCGGACCGUGCUUCCUCUCCCGACCCGGACCUCUGAGUCUAGCGGAGGGGAUGUCAAGGCCCGGCCUUUGGUUUCUGAGGUCCGGCCCCUCAUGGAUGCGAACCAGAGCAGGACCCAGGACAGGAGGACAUUAAGGAACCAGGACCGGAGCUCCUCAGUUCAAGACCAACCACCCACUCAGAAUGGGACCAGCAAGGACCAAUCUCUUCACAUCCAGAACCUAAACCUGCAGGAUCCACAGCAGCUCCAGCAGGUGGAGGGGCAGGAAGCCUCUUCAGGCCACGCAGCCGCUCAGCCCUCCACGCUGAAGAAGAAGGUCCAGACUGUGGUGGACCCCAAGAGGAACGUGGGCGUGGCGGUCCGGGCGAUGAACCCUGGACUCCAGAAGGCCCGGUCUGUCCACAGCCUGCUGGCCGAGACAGGUGACUCCUCUGACCCCCCACCAACCCCUCGACCUUCUAAAGAGGUCUCUCCUCAGCGUCCCACAACCCUCCCCUCCUCCCCCAGACGCCCCGUCUCCACAGCCCUGCCUGCUCAGAAACCUGGCCCCGUCUCCCCGCGCUCCCCCCAGCAGGAGACUGCUGCUGCCACAUUCAGGAAGUCUUCGUCAACAUUCCUGUCGGCCUCGACGUCACGCUCCUACAUGAGUCCCACUGCCAGCUCCAUGGCCAAGAUCUCCCGCUCCGUCUCCAUGGGUGACAGCCUCAACAUCGCUGAAGCUACUGAGGACCGCUCUGGGCCGUCCCUGUUGUCAGCGGAAACCGCUUCCUCUCAGGUCAAAGAGACUCCACCUCCUCUCGUUGCCGUGGUGCACUCCACUGCAGCUCAGGCCACGCCCCCCCACGCAGCCGUAGUUCCCGUUGUUGUGUCAUCGUCAUCCCUGUCUCUGUCUAUGGGUAACCAAGGUAACCGGGCCGCCCCACCAUGUCGCAGCCUCCAAGCCCGGAUCCCUGGCAGCAGCAGGCCGCUUCCGGAUAAACCCUCGCUCGAGUGCUUCUCACCUUCCUCCAAAUCCAGCACGUCCUCCUCCUCCCCCUUGCCUGCCCCCCAGCAGGAGGAGGAGGAGCCUCAGAGUCCUGUGGAAGGAAGUUCAGAAGACACAGAAGAACCAGAUCAGCCAGUCAGUCUGGAGACCUGCAGAGCUCUGGCCAAUGAGCUGCAGAGCUGCUUCAAACGAGCAACACACCUGUACAGGAGGGUGAGCGGCUCUUCCCUGCAGGACUCGGCCCCAAACCAAUGUCAGAUGUCUCUCCUUCUGUCAGAGGCUUUCCAGAACAUGAGGGCAGAGCUGGACUCUCUGCCGAUCAGCUCGUCGAGCACGCUGGGAGUGGAAGGAGGUCUGGGGGGCAUGGGGGAGGUAAAGACGGCGGCUCUGCUGGAGGAGUACUCCUUGUUGCUGCUGCAGGCUGUCCACAGGAAGGUCAACACCUCCUCCUGAGCUGCCUCCUCUCCGACAGGUGUGGAGGUGACGCACAGAUUCUUCCUUUUGGCAUCCUGUCGUCUUCUUUUACCUCCCGAGGCAUCCGGUUUAGUCUUCCUCCUCUCAGACCUUUUUCUUCUUUCUCAUAUGAAGCUAAACGAUGUCUGUGUGUUUCGAUGUCUUGGCCACCGGUUAAAGUGCUCUGCGGGUCGGCCGAUGGUGACGACCCUUAAUAAGAAUCAGGGAUUUUGAUGCAAGCAAACAUCUAUAUAUGCAGGAUAGCAGCCCUAGAGGACUGGAGUCCCACACCUGAGCACUAAGCCAUUAAAACAAGACACGGACAAACACCGUGGACCACAUGUGGACCAGACAAGCUGGGAAUCCAACGAGUGAACGCCCCUCUCCUGAGCCCCCCACCAGACUCUGAGAGGAGUUUUAAAGACGCUGAAACUCCUGACCAUUUCUCAUUUGUCAUUCCUUGGAGUUCCCCGUCUCUGCAAUUCCGUUAGUCUUACAGAUUUAUUGGUUGGUUUCUUGUUGACUGUUGGGAAGAGCAAAGAGCAAUACAAGACUUUCUGAACAAACUUGACAUUCAUUUCUUUAUGUGAAUUUUCUUCCACUUGAAUGUCACCAGUUGAACGUGACUCCCUGGUUCUGCUGAUAUCUGAGCGGAUCCGUUAACACUUUUAUAUUUAUUGUGAUGAGCUGUUACACUACUGAGCAGGGACCUUGUCACCUGAAAAUGACUUGUGUUUUUAAAGUCGGAAGUCUUAAUUUCAACCAGCAUGCACAUUUUGUAACCUUUUAUUGAGAGUUUGUUAGUUAAAUCCGAGAAACGUUGUUUAAACUUUGAACAAGAAGAUGUAAAAUUUCCAUUGGGAAAAUUUUUGUCACAUGAAAUAAAAGUUUGUACUUUAAUUUCACU